GCCUACCACUUCGUCCGCCCCCCCCCUGUGGGCGCGCAAAAUAGACCAGAAGGAAAUAAAGCGGAGGAAAAAUUACCAGUACGCAUUAAAACACAAGUACGAUAAAAACGGAAGAAGGAUAAAGGAUAUUAACAAAGAAAAAAAAUCUGUUAAAAAAAAAAAGCUGUUUGACUACGAAGGCUUUAAAGUGGAUAAAAUAUUUGCAUGCCUGAGUGAGGAGGACAUGCAGGAGUUGCGCGAUGAGGAGUUGAAACGCAAGUCCGGUGAAAUUCUCCACAACAAUAAAUAUAUUGACACGUACGGCGUGGAGUCGGAGACGGACCUGGGCGACAUGUGA